ACGCAAGGGGGAAACAGGCGCACUGAAUCCACAAGAACAAGUGGAUGAAAAGAGCCCAGUGAUAUGGAGAAAAUGAAUCGCGCUACAGAGAUCGGCCCUAUCUGAAAAGCAGAAAGAGAGAGAGAUGCAUGAAUGAGACAAGGGGUAAUGAAGAGUGUAAUUAAGAAUUUUGAUGAAGAGUUGAGAUUAUUUUCCAAAAUGGCACGGAUUUGCGCCUAUGCAAAUGCGCAUUUUGCAAAGAUGACAUAGCACUUGAGAAAAUGGGAUUCCUCCAGGAACAGAACUUACUCACGACCUGAAUGAAAAGAUAAAAGGGAUUUUAUUAAAAUCGGAAUUAUAUUUUCUUCUUCUUUUACUUGACAAGCAUCGGUUGCGAGUGAUCGCAGAGUGAAACAUGAAUCUGGGCAAAGCACUUCUGUUUUUCCUUCUCUCAAACUGCGUGACAGUGACUUUCUCUUUAUCCACUUGCACCACCGUGGACAUCGAACACAUAAGGAAAAAAAGAGUGGAGGCAGUUCGUGGACAGAUUCUCAGUAAACUCAGAAUGACUAGUCCGCCUCAGACAACAGGUCCAAGCCAUGUACCGUCUGAUAUAUUGGCCUUUUAUAACAGCACCAGGGAGCUCAUUGAGGAGCUGGGAAGAGACCGGCACCAGAGUUGCGGACAAGAUAACACAGAGACUGAGUACUACGCCAAAGAGAUUCACAAAUUCGACAUGAUCACUGGUCUAUCGGAAAACAAUGACCUCUACUACUGCCCUAAGAGUAUCACCUCCAAGGUAUUCCGCUUCAAUGUGUCGUCAGUGGAGAAGAACGCCACCAACUUGUUCCGGGCUGAGUUUCGAGCUCUUCGGAUCCCCAACCCCAACGCCAAGAAAAACGAGCAGAGGAUUGAGCUCUACCAGAUCCUCCAGAAAGACGACCCCAAAGCCAAACAGCGCUACAUCGGUGGGAAGAACGUCCUGACCAAGGGGACGUCUGAGUGGGUUUCCUUUGAUGUGACAGAGACAGUGAGGGAGUGGCUGAUGUACAGAAAGACCAAUCUUGGCCUGGAGAUCAGCGUGCACUGUCCGUGCCACACUUUUAAGCCGAAUGGUGAGAUCAUAGAGCAUGCCAACGAGGUGCUUGAUGUCAAGUUCAAAGGUAUGGAAGCAGACUAUGAUGUGAAAAAACUAAAGGAGCAGCAGUGUCCUCACCUGAUCCUCAUGAUGCUCCCUUCCCACAGGCUGGAUGCCCACUCCUUCUCCCGUAGGCGCAAGCGGGCACUUGACACCAAUUAUUGCUUUAACAAUUAUGAGGAGAACUGCUGUGUGAGACCACUAUAUAUUAAUUUCCGGAAGGAUUUGGGCUGGAGAUGGAUCCAUCAGCCUGAAGGGUACUACGCUAACUUCUGCUCUGGUCCUUGCCCUUACCUUCGCAGCGCAGACACCACCCACAGCUCGAUGCUGAGCCUUUACAACACAUUGAAUCCUGAAGCAUCUGCCUCACCCUGCUGUGUUCCUCAGGACUUGGAGCCCCUCACCAUCCUAUACUACGUGGGUCGUUCUCCAAAGGUCGAGCAGCUUUCGAACAUGGUCGUCAAGUCUUGCAAGUGCAGCUAAACUUUUGUGCUUCAGACCCCAAUGAGAGACAUGGGAUGAGGCGGCUUGCAGCACUACUUGGAGGCUGGUGGAAUUAAAGUGGGCAGGGUACAUUUUCUCCUCUAUGAGAAAUCAUUGGCAGCAUUCACCAAGAAUUAUCAGACACCAUUUCACCAGCAGCGCUCUCAAACCCAUCAGACCUCUCAUUGACCCUAAGCAUUGCCUUUUUCACAUCAGUAUUUCUUGUUUGCUUCUUUCUUCUAAAUAUUCAAACAUUUUGAUUACCAACAUGACUAUUGGUAAUCAAAGCCUGUUUUCACUGAAAGAGGAAAAGAACAAUAAUUGCCUGUCUAUGACCAAUGCUUUUUCAAGGACAUAAAAUCAUUGCAACCAAGAUGAAACUGAGAAUGCAGACAAAACUCAGCAUGUAUCAAAGAGAGUAGGAUCAAAAUUAAGCAAAUACAUAUUCUGCCCCAACACACAGGACACAUCUGAUUGUCCGAGCUGGAAGCUGAUGCUGUGCACGCCACAGAUCCCUACACUGUUUGUUUAGGAUUUAAUGCUGUUGAAUAAAAAAAUUACCUUAGGAAGAAGAAAACAUGCUGGAAAACAACUGUUAUUUCCUCUUAGUAUUUCCAUGGUUAUGUUUACCUCUGUGAUGCAGCAGGAUGGUGAUUCCAGGGAUUGUUUUAAUUUUAAAGUGAAGCCUUUCUGUUGUAUGAGAUGAUGUAUGUCACUAAGUGAACUCAACUAGAUCACAAACUGUAAAUGUUUUUAUUACUCUUGGAAACACUUUUUUUAAUUAAAAAAUGGACAUUUGGAAA